GGCAAACCUCUCCUCAUUGCUCGCACUUCCUGCUGUAACUAGUUUCACAAUGUCGACAGAUAUGGUGGUUGAAGAAGCUUCGGGCCCUGCUAUCUUCGACUCACUGCCUUACUAUGACAAUGACAUUGAGCAACACCCCAUCCUGAAGGAAAAGGUCGAGAAAGAGCUCGCACGCGAAGCGAAACCUCCUCAGACAUUGCACCCGCGCGUUCCACCUGCUCCUCAGCUGUUUGCUAACCAUCCGUUGCUCGAGGCUGAGCUUACUCGAAUCGAAUCUCACCAGCCGCUGGUCCCACUGGACACAACGCGGUAUCAAUUACCAGGGCCAUCUCAUCCAGACAAUGAGGAUGAAUGGAAAACUGCUCUCUCGAAUGCACACGCACAGCUAGAGCACCAGCGUCUACGGCACCAAAACCUGUCCCUCCUGCAGUCCUACGGCGCCAACUCCUGGAGAAUACAUAACUAUCUGACAGAGGCGGACGCUAAGAACAUCGAAAAGGCGCUUGAAGACUUGCGCAAUCUCACAACGGAAGUGAAUCGGGAACGGAAGAACUUCCAGACUCGCAUAGGGAAUCAACUUACCUCCUUGGAGACUCGAUGGACGGAGCUCAUCUCGAGCAUCCUACAAAUUGAGAUGGCGAAUGUAGCGUUAGAGGUUGAGAUUGCCAGGAUCAACAAAGCGGAAGCCGAGCUCGCUGCUGGUAGUUGAGAUUGUAUCAUUGCUCUGAUGUAAUUGUACCAUUGCUUUCUAGGUCUAUUUUUGUCCGAAGCGGAAUGCCGCUUCAGACGAUGAGGUGUCAGACAAGCAGAAAGAAGUAGAAGCGUUCUGAACGCCGAGGGACAACUGCGCAAAUAGGAAGGAGGUGCAUGAACGAUUACAACAAUGCCUCCGAAAUAACUUAUGUGCUAUAGGUAAGUCGUGGUGAUGGCAUAGAAUGAAUGGCGAGUGUGUCGGGCUCCAGCGAGCCAUACUCAGGUGAAACAGUUCGC